AUGGAUAGGUUCGGGUCCGACUGCUGCAAUAUCGGAGAUGGUGACGAUGCUAUUGACCUUUCCGAGCUUGAUCUGCCGUCCACGUGGGGAGAUGUGGUCAACUGGGCGGAUCCGGCGGCAGUCCAAGUGGACACGACGGAUUGGGCGAAAAAUCCGGCAGGGGAAUCGACGACGGAUCUGACGGUGGUGUACUCAGAUCGGCCGGAUCGUCUUGCGAGACUAACUCACUUGCUAUGUGGUGUGGCAUCGGCCCUAGGAUGGAAUGGAGAGUGGGUUGGGAUUGUGAAGAUUGAAAGGCCGACUUUGUGGGCUGGGUUAAAAUCAGGUUGGGCCCAGGCAAGGAUACUUGGGCCAAAAUGGUUUUGCUUUGGUCAGGGUAUGUCACGUGGCCAUUUAGGUCUUCCACUUGUGACAUUUGGCCAUUGCAUAAAUACGGAGCUGAGGGAAGGUUGUCUUGACCGGUCAAAGCUGCAGGUGAGGCGGCGAUGGUCGUCUUCUCCAUCGAGACUUUCGGCAUUGAAGGAAGUUGCCCAAAGCUGA